UUGUCAGAGUGUGAAAUGCAUUGAAGUCGGAAUGUGGGCGGCUCUUGAAGGGUGUUUUUAGUUAAAUGUGACAAACUGACUUCCUGCAUGUUCCUAGUCAGUUAUGAAAGUCAAGGUGUUUUAGGAAGACACACAUGUCUAGACUAGAGCAGUCUAAGGAGUGAAACAGUAUACCAAGAAAAAGAAAACAAAAUCAAUGAACCUCUAUAGGAGUUUUGGGAAUCUCUUUGAGAACUGGGUGACAGAAGGCAGCCUGGAUUUACAUUCCGGUGUGGAUGGAUACGACUUAACUGGACGUAAUUCUGUAUCGAGGAAGUUAGUACAUUUAGAAUCGGAGGACUCCGGAUUUGAAACAGUCAGUACGACAAGUCCCUGCCAUUCUCAUCAGGAAUCUCUCCUCACAAGUUCAGGGAUUGUCUCUUUGGAAGAUGAUGUCCAACCAGCUCCUUCUGUUUGCUCCUCUUCAUCAUCAUUUGUCUCUCUUGGCUCUGUGGCUCCAAGAAACACAUCUCUGGAGGUAGAAGAAGCUUUGAGACGGUCAGAACAAACGUCACAAUAUUUCCCAAGCAAAGGACCCCUGCACCAGAUAGAUAACUGUCUCCCUGGUCUACUGUACCGUUGUCACACUGUCCCUCACCCCAGCGGUCACACAACCAACUCCAGAGAACAUCAUGGGUUCAGUCGUCCGAGGAGAACUAAUUCAGAACGUCCGGAUCACAAGAAAGCAGAGCUGUACAGAAGCCGUAUAUCAAACCAGUAUGGCCAACCAGUAGUGAGCCAGGUGGAGUUUGAGGAGGGGGAGCAAAGGAGAUCAGACAAGCUUUCUCCAGGGCUACUUUACCUGGAGCAGGUCUGCAGGAUGCUGGAGAAUAUUGCAACACUACAGCAGCAAAACCACGGCCUACAAAAGGAACUGGAGAUCCUUAAGAGUCAACAUGUUGAAACAGAUUCUGCACACUCGAAGGAGAGUAAAAUGAGACAAAGAUUAGAGAUUCUGGCGCAUGAAGAUUCAAGCAGCCUAUCGACUCUCUCAGAGGAACCUGUGGCAUUUCGUUACAGAUCUGCGUCUGAUACUCGGGCAUCUAUAGGGCGGGUUCACAGGAGGGCAAGGUUUGUUCAAGAUGAAUCUUUUGCAGGUGUUUUAUUCGAGGAACCCAACAGUAACAUUUCUUCACCAGAACAUGAUACUAAAAAGCCAAGUAAGAUCCAGAAGCUCAAAUUUACUUCAUUUAGAAAACAGGAAUCACAAAAGCCUGACCUCGAAAGCAACAGUGAUCAGCAUAAGAAGAAAACAAAACUGCCGAGCAUUUUCAAUAGAAGGAAGACAACACGGUUAUGAUGCACAUGUUACUGUGUGUUUACUUACAUAUAAGGACUGAUGUAAGUGUAAGAAGUGUGCCCCUGCCUUUGAAAGUCAAGUUUCUGUGAUUAACUAUUUUCUCUUUAAAAUCAUCCUACAUAAUAUAAAGAACAUUCUAUGAAAAUAUAACUUUGACAUCAUUAUUAUUGACCGAGUAAGGUCAUGUCAAAGAUUGAAAUAAAUGUUAAAUCAAUGACUGAACUCAAACUUUAAUGCUCUUAUAAUUUAGCCUGGAUUUCACAGAAAAAAAAUCAAAAUUCCCUGGAGCUGCUUGUAAAUACACUAAAAGAGUUUAUUUUAUUAAAAUGACCGGCUGACUGUACAUUACUUCACUUUCUAUACAACUACUUGGUAAAUAUGUAAAUAAAUGGAUGUGGAAUACUGACCUGUGUUGCAGUUAUUUUAUUACGUGAGAUAAAGAGG